AUGGCCGGGGGCCCUGACAGCACACAGAGGUGGGCAACCAUGGUCGUGCUGGUUGCCCUGGGCACAGCUGUGACAGAGGCCACCAACCCCGGCGUUGUGUUCAGGAUCACGCAGAAGGGCCUGGAGUACGUCCGCCAGCAGGGAGUGGCCCGGCUGCAGGAGGAGCUGGAGAAGAUGGAACUUCCCUCUUUCUCAGGAAGCUUUAAGAUCAAGUAUUUGGGGAAAGGUGAUUAUAACUUCUACAGCUUGGUUAUCCGUGGAGUUCAGCUUCCCAGUUCCCAGAUAAGACUGUUGCCCAAUGAGGGCCUUGCUCUCUCCGUGACAAAUGCCAAUGCCAAGAUCAGCGGAAAAUGGAAGGCACGCAAGAAUUUCAUCAAAACCAGUGGCAACUUUGACCUGAGCGUGGAGGGCAUCUCCAUUGCGGCUGGUCUGAAGCUGAGCUGUGACCCCACCUCAGGUCACGCCACCUUCACCUGCUCCAAGUGCAGCAACCACAUUAACAGCGUCCGAGUGCACGUCUCAGGCAGCCACCUGGGGUGGCUGAUCCAACUCUUCCACAAAAAAAUCGAGUCUUCGCUCCAAAACACCAUGAGCAGCAAGAUCUGCCAGGUAGUGACCAGUUCUGUGUCUUCCAAGCUGAAACCUUUUUUCCAGACAAUGCCAGUGACAGCCAAGAUAGAUAACGUGGCCGGGAUUGAUUACUCACUGUUGGCACCUCCGACAGCCACGACUGAGACCUUGGAUGGGCAGCUGAAGGGGGAGUUCUUCAGCCUGGCGCACCGCAGCCCCCCGCCCUUCGCCCCGCCCGCGCUGGCUUUCCCCACCGACCACGACCACAUGGUGUACCUGGGCCUCUCCGACUAUUUCUUCAACACGGCUGCGCUUGUGUACCAGCAGGCUGGGGUCCUGAACCUGGUCCUCAGGGACAGCAUGAUUCCAAAGAAAUCCAAGUUCCGACUGACAACCAAAUUCUUUGGAACUCUAAUCCCCCAGGUGGCCAAGAUGUUCCCCAACAUGAGCAUGCAGCUCCACAUCAGGGUCUCCUCCCCACCGCACCUCACAGUGUCCCCCACCGGCCUUGCCUGCGCUCCUGCCCUGGAGGCCCAGGCCUUUGCUGUCCUCCCGAACUCCUCCUUGGCCCCUCUCUUCCUGCUGGACCUGAACACGAACCUUUCUGUGGAGGUCGGUGCCAUGUCAGACAGGCUUGUCGGAGAGCUCAGCUUGGACAAGCUGCUCCUGCAACUGAGGCACUCAGACAUCGGCCCCUUCUCGGUUGAAUUGCUGCAGGCCAUCAUGAACUAUGUUGUGCCCACUUCCGUGCUUCCCAAGGUUAACGAGAAGCUGCAGAAAGGAUUCCCUCUCCCUCUGCCCGCCCGCAUUCAGCUCUUCAACCUCGUGCUUCAUUCUUACCAGAAUUUUCUGCUGUUUGGAGCAGAUGUUGACUACAGCUGAAGUCACCGUGGGUGCUGGGGACUAUC